CUUCCCGUGUCGAUACAACUCCUGGUUCUCCCGAAAGGAACAAACGGAGCAUUAUUUGGCUAUCGCUAAUAGAUUUCGUUUUGUCGUGAGGUCUUUGAAGUCACCAUGCAACUCUACAUAUCGCCGAGCAUGAGGCAGGUCACGGUGUUCCCGGGGAAGGGGGUGAGGGAAUUCAUCAAAGUGAAGGUUACGUCGAGAAGGCUUUCUUGUAAGAUGGUCAUCUACUCCCUUCUCUUCCUGACAUUCUUGCUCAGAUUCAUAUUUGUGUUGACGGCAAUGGAUACGAUCGAGGGAGAGACGCGAUGCUCUUCUUUAGGGUGCAUAGGUAAGAGAUUAGAUCCAAGGAUGUGGAGGAGGCUGGACUCGGUGAGGGUUCCGGAGGAGAUAUAUCAAGUGUUAGAAGAAGCCGAGAUCCAGGAGGCGAUGCCUCGGGCGGAUGUCCCUCAGACACUGGAGGCGUUCGUCGCAGAAAUGAAGAGUAACAGAUCGGAUGCCAAAACAUUUGCCCUGCGGCUCAAGGCGAUGGUCUCGCUGAUGGAGCAGAAGACGAGGGUGGCGAAGAUACAAGAGUACCUGUACCGCCACGUGGCGUCCAGCAGCAUCCCCAAGCCGCUGCACUGCCUGGCGCUGCGGCUGGCGCAGGAGCACUCCACCAACGCAGGGGCCCGCCUCCAGCUGCCGGCUCCGGAGCGGGUCCCGGCCCUGGUGGACCCCGGGCUGUACCACUUCGUGCUCGCCUCGGACAACGUGCUGGCCGCCGCGGUGGUGGCCGCCUCCCUCGUGGCCAACGCCUUCCGGCCGGCCGCGGUGGUGCUGCACGUGAUCACGGACCGCAAGACGUACGCGCCCAUGCAGGCUUGGUUCUCGCUGCACCCUUUGGCCCCGGCGGUCGUCGAGGUUAAGGCGCUGCACCACUUCGACUGGUUCACCAGGGGCAGGGUCCCGGUGAUGGAGGCCAUGGAGAGGGACCGGGCUGCGCGGUCGCAGUUUCGGGGAGGGUCGUCGGCGAUCGUCGCAAAUGUUAGCGAGAAACCAAUCGUCGUGGCGGCCAAGCUGCAGGCUUUGAGCCCCAAGUAUCACUCUGUCAUGAACCAUAUCAGGAUCCAUUUGCCCGAGUUGUUUCCUAGCCUUAACAAGAUUGUAUUUCUCGACGACGACGUCGUCGUCCAAGCUGAUCUUUCACCUCUGUGGGACAUCGAUCUGCAAGGCAACGUAAAUGGUGCAGUCGAGACAUGCAGAGGCGCGGAUAAGUUUGUGAUGUCAAAGAGACUCAAGAACUAUUUGAACUUCUCCCACCCAUUUAUAUCUGAGAACUUCGACCCUCGUGAGUGUGCUUGGGCGUAUGGCAUGAAUGUUUUUGAUCUCGAUGCGUGGCGGAAGACCAACAUCAGUGUUACUUACUAUCACUGGCUACAAAAGAACUUAGAAUCAGACUUGAGUCUAUGGCAACUGGGCACUCUGCCUCCAGGAUUAAUAGCCUUCCAUGGUCACGUUCACGUCAUUGAUCCAUACUGGCACAUGCUGGGUCUUGGCUACCAAGAAAACACUACCGUAGCAGAUGCAGAGAAAGCAGCGGUGAUCCAUUUCAAUGGCAGGGCUAAGCCAUGGUUGGACAUAGCGUUUCCGGAGAUAAGGCCUCUAUGGACCAAGUACCUGGAUUUCUCAGACAAGUUCAUCAGAGCUUGUAACAUAAGAGCUUAACAGGAUGGACAUGGGGAAAUGAUCACUGCAAAGAAUCGACCGUGAUGGUUGAUGUGCUCUUAUGCUUUCAUGGGUUGAUCUGAUGUCAGAAGCUAAAGACCUAUAAUAGUUUUGGUUCCUUUUUACCUUUGUCUAGGAAAGAUUUUGUUGAUUUGUUGUUGCAUUUUGGAUCAUAAAUAAAUGAUGCAAUUUUUAUGAGUUCGUGUACAACAACAAUUUACCAAAUGGAAUGAAA